AACAGCAGGAUUUUUUUAGCUAAUUAGCUGGUUCUAUCAUCAGGAAUAGGCAAUUUUGCAAGAACGAAGGAGCACAUCAAUGUCCAACAUCAACCGGUCGCAUCCGGCUCUCCCGAUGGCGACCUUCCAGCCCAAGGGACAAGGGUUUUGCGCCGACGCCGGCGCCGUCGCCAUUGGAGCAAUGGACGAAGCGGUUCCAGGAGGCCGAGAGGCUGGUGGACGAGGUGAUGGGGAACAUCGCCGAGAGGGCGUCCGUCCCGGCGUCGCUGCCGCUAGAGCUGAAGCGCCGGACCGGCGAGAUCCGGCGGAAGGUGGCCAUCCUCGAGACCCGGCUGAGCCUCAUGAGGGAGGACCUCGACCGACUCCCCAACAGGCAUCUACUCAUAUUAUUACUCCUCCUACUAUAGAAAAUCCUAACAAUAAUGCACAGAAAUAACUCGAUGUAUUUGGUGCAUAACACUAAUCGAUUUGCAUUGCAGAAACGUGAAGGAGAUGCGCAAGCUGGCGGAGAAGUUCGACGCUCUGGAGCUGAAGGUGAAGAAGGUGGCCGCGCCGUUCACCAUGAAGAAGCACUCAUCCAACAGGAACGAGCUGCUUGGACCGAGCGACGACAGGUGCACGGUGGUGGACAUAAAGAGCACGGCCAACAUGGAGAAUGAAGAGAUUGUCCAGCUGCAGAGGAACAUCAUGAAAGAGCAAGAUGAGUGUCUAGACAGGCUGGAGGAGACCAUAGUCAGCACCAAGCACAUCGCGCUGGCGAUCAACGAGGAGCUGGACCUGCACGUCAGGCUAAUUGAUGAUCUGGACGAGAGGGUGGAGGACACGAGCAACCAGCUGCAGCGCGCGCAGAAGAAGCUCAAAUCACUCAACACACGGAUGCGGAAAAGCGGGUCAUGCACGGGCAUCCUCGUGUCGAUCAUCGCAGGUGUGAUCUUCGUCGCCGUGGUCUGGGCUCUCAUCAAGUUCUAGCGGCAGAAAUGUCCGGAUAUAGAAGUUGCAUUGUAUAUGUAAGGGAAGAAAUCGUGAAUGUACAGUCCUUUUCUAGUCUACUACUCUUAUAGGAGUAGUAGGUAGCUCAAGUGCCAA